GGGAAGGCUGAAGGAGGCCUGGGAAGGAGGUAGGUACGUAGCUGGCGAGCAGCUUGUUUCCCAUUUCAAAUUGGUCAGUGUUCUGAAGCUAGCGUUUGAAGGGCGCACAAUUACUCCACUCUUCAGCAGCUAGGACAAUGGCGAGCAUGAGCAGUGUGCGCACUGCAAGGUUGCUUCCUGCCAGCGAUUUUGCCUCCUCCUCAGCAGCUCCUCAAAACAGUGGGACCUCCGCAGUCCUGCCAAAGUGGAGGAGUCAGGCAGUGGCUGCCCCCCCAGAGAGGCCAGUUUUGGAGAGAGCCCCUCUGCAAAAUGGCCGCAGUCCAUUGCAGGAGCAAUCGUUCCAGCAGAUCAGGCAUAGGAUUCUGCCUCUACGACUCGAACCAGAGACAUCUGGCCGCAGCUGGACCAGAGAGGAGGCGACUGAGCAGAACCUCAUCUACAGGAUGAUGUUUGCGGAGGAACCCAGGUGGCUGAAAGACGGGGCGGGACAGAGGAAGGAAACGCACUGGACGAGGCAUUCACCAAUGAGAUCACAAAGGCUGAUGGCAAAUUAUACAGCAGACCCGGAGCUCAAGACUGUAUGUGCGUCUUAUGGGGGCCUCACGAAGACCAUCAAGCUGCACCAGGGCUGCUCCGAUGAGAUGGUGGAGCAGCUCCUGAGGGAGGCGUUCGACCUGUGCCCAGAGCGCGUCAUCUGCUUGCGGGACAGGAUUACAGGGGCAGUGACAGCGGCAAAGACCCAGAUGGCAGAGGGGGACUAUGAGAUCAUCACAGAUGAAGACCAGGAUGUCGCGGGGCACCUCCCCGUCAAGUCCCUGCACCGCCAAAUCACGCGCACCGCCAGCAAGGCAGCCGUGAAGGACGCCCUCAAGCACUGCGGGCUGGCGCACAUCCUCCCCGAGCUCAAGCACAUGUCGGGGGCUAAGCUACUGUCAAUGCCCCUCGACGCACUGCAAACCAUGUACUCGUUGAGUGGGUGGCGCCUCCGCGCCGUGAGAAGUCUGUACCUCGCCCUACACCCCCCCGCUAGGAUUAGAGUGGAGGACCCAGCUUCAGGGGAGGGGUCAGCUACGCUUACGGUGGCCUCGGCGAAGGAGUUUAGCGAGCUGUUGGGGGCGCAGAACUGUGUGGCGCUGCGUGCGUGCGAUACGCGUGGGGUGGGGCAUUUGGCGGUCCGGUUUGAGGACCUAAGGGACGGGCAUGCGUAUAGCCCUGUGCGUGUAAAUAGCAACCUGUUUGGCUGCAUUGAGGCUGCUCUGUAGAUAGCGGGUCUAAUAGGAUGAAACCUGUGUGUUUGGAGCCUGUUCAGCUGAAUUAGAGAGUGUACAGCCAUGUACAGACACGGGACAGAAGUCAUGACCUGAGUGAGCCAUAGUACGCGUGCUGGGGACUUCCCGGUUCGGAGAUGUAUACAGACCGCAGAGCGUUGCGUGUCAGAAACAGGUCAUACAAGAAGUGUAGAUAUCACAAAGGUGGCUGGCAUAUAAUAAGAGCAUGGGCCCGCACUAGCUGGUGCAAAUUGUUGCUUCAAAGCAAACUUAGCCAAAGCUCACGCAUGCCAAGGAGCUCAGACAGGACCGCAACACUUUAAGACACAUAAGACACCAGAAUAAGAGUUCCUUGCUAUAAUAUAUAAGCUGUUCGUAGGGCAACGCGUUGGAUGUUGAAGCUUCUUGCCGAACUGUAAGCCGGCCAAAGUUUGAGUUACUCUGGAGUCUGGUUAACCCUUGUACACUGAGCACAAUUUCGUUCAUGAAGGGUUGCAAGUGCA